UUUAAAUAACUAUUGAUUAAAUCUGCAUAAAACUUCAUUGGUUGGCGAACAUGAAAAUUGCAUUGUGUAUUUAUGUACUAUGCGCCUACAUCACUAUUGUAUGGAGUUUUCAAUCUAAAGAGAAUUCCAUAAUCAACGAUCUAUCCUGGGGAACCAAACUCAAAAUACUUAAAGAGCACCAAAAAGAUAUGACUCUUUUUCGGCGCGUUGGUAUAUCUUUCCUCAGAGCUGAUGAUAAAGACGAACAAGACGAAAUAAUGACAAAUUCCGAAGACAAUAGCAUGAAAAUAAAAUUAUUUAGACUUAUGUAUGAAACUGUAAGAGAUAGUGAUUUAAAAGUGAAACGUGCAGAACUAAUCAAAUCAUAUUACAAUAAUGAUACAUCAUUCGAAAUUGGUUAUAUAAUGGGUGAUAUAACUGACAAAAUGAAUGUAAUGAAGGAUAUAUCGAUCACUCUGAAGAAUCUAUACUCAGUAUGGAAACCUAUGGAGCAUAUUAACGCAUACGAACAGAUUGCGAACAAAGCGAUUGAAAUCAGUCACCUCACUGAUAUGGUGCGUGUCAUUCAUAAACAGUCACCGACUACAAUUUAGUACCUAACAAGUGUGAAUUAAAAAUUUAUAACA